AUGCAAUUAUCUUUAUCAGUGUUGUCUACAAUUGCAACCACCUUAUUAGCAUUAACUUCAUGUGUUGAUGCCAAAAAGCAUAGUGCUAAAUUGACAAGACUUUCCAAUGAAGAAACAUUAGAUGCUAAUACUUUCAAGGAAUAUACUAGUGGAUUAGCUAAUAAGUAUUUGAAUCUUUAUAAUGCUGCUUCUGGCAAUCCAUCCCAACAAUUGUUUAGUAAUAAAGGUGCUCAAGUACCAUUUGUUGAAGGUGGCAAAUAUGAAGCUCCAUUAACCAAUUAUUUAAAUGCUCAAUAUUAUACUGAGAUUAGUUUAGGUACUCCAGGACAAACAUUUAAAGUCAUUUUAGAUACUGGUUCUUCCAAUUUGUGGGUUCCUUCUAAAGAUUGCAGUUCUUUAGCUUGUUUCUUGCAUACCAAAUAUGAUCAUGACUCAUCCUCAUCAUACAAGGCCAAUGGAACUAAAUUCUCAAUUCAAUAUGGUUCUGGUUCUAUGGAAGGUUAUAUUUCUCAAGAUGUCUUGGAUAUUGGAGGUUUAACUAUCCCACAUCAAGACUUUGCUGAAGCAACUUCUGAACCAGGAUUAGCAUUUGCCUUUGGUAAAUUUGAUGGUAUUUUAGGUUUAGCAUAUGAUACUAUUUCUGUUAAUAGAAUUGUUCCACCUAUCUAUAAUGCUAUUCAUCAAGGUUUAUUAGAUGCUCCUCAAUUUGGUUUCUACUUGGGUGAUACCAAUAAGGAUGAAAAUGAUGGAGGUGUAGCUACCUUUGGUGGUUAUGAUGAAGAUUUAAUUGAUGGAAAGAUUACUUGGUUACCAGUUAGAAGAAAGGCUUAUUGGGAAGUUUCAUUUGAAGGUAUUGGAUUAGGUGACGAAUAUGCAGAAUUAUUCAAAACUGGUGCUGCUAUUGAUACUGGUACUUCAUUAAUCACUUUACCAUCAUCAUUAGCUGAAAUUAUCAAUGCUAAGAUUGGUGCUCAAAAGUCUUGGUCUGGUCAAUAUACAAUUGAUUGUAAUAAGAGAGAUUCAUUACCAGAUUUAACUAUGACUUUUUCAGGUUAUAAUUUCACUUUAUCUGCAUAUGAUUAUGUUUUGGAAGUUGGUGGAUCAUGUAUUUCUGUCUUUACUCCAAUGGAUUUCCCAAAACCAAUUGGUGAUUUAGCAAUUGUUGGUGAUGCCUUCUUGAGAAAGUAUUAUUCUAUCUACGAUUUAAAGAAGGAUGCUGUUGGUUUAGCCAAAGCUAAGUAG